GCACGCUGCUGUGUGUCUCUGCAUUUCUGUCCCCAGGUGCCGAGGACCCCGUGUGUGUGUGUCAGUGGGUGUGUGUCGGGUGCUUCUGAGGACUCUGCGUGCCAUGGGCUGCAGCGUCGGGGAGACCACUCGGCGGGGCUCUUCGUGCUCGCGCGGUGUCGCACAGUGGCGCGUGGACACGCAGUGCUGAGCAGCGCGAGCGGAGCGACGGCGGGAAGCGCGAGCGGCAACAUGCUGAAGCGCGGAGUGGGCGGCAAGUCGAGCUACAGCCCGUACAACACGGACCACCGGGCCAAGAAGACGGAGGGCAAAUGCCGGAGCUCGAGGCUCGACAUCCUGCCCAGCAGACCGCACGUGUGGCUCAAACAGCUUUCCGUCCUCCAGGAGCAGCCUCGCCCGGAUGCGUCCGACAGCCUCGCCGUCCCCGCCUCCGGCGGGCCGAUGCCCUCCUCCUCUUGCCCGGGGACACCGCAGGUCCAGCACAGCAGGGCGGCCGGCUGCCCAACGCCGGCAAAGCGCACUUCCACGCUGAGUCGCCAUAGCAGCGCUGCCAGCUUUCCCAUGCAGUCCUGGGUCUUCAGUAAGGGCCUGGCAAAGGGGAAUGUCAGCCAAGGGCCUGGCCAGGAGGGUGGCGAGUCGGUGGGCAUCGAGGUGGAGGACAUACCCCCGCUGCUCCGGGACGUGGCGCACUUUGCGGAGGCAGUGGACAAGCUGAAGGAUGUGGUGCUGGGCGAAGAGAAGGUGGAGAACCAGCAGGCCCUAGGCCACGAGUGCCUGGGCGAGGUGCUCCGUGUCCUGAGGCAGGUCAUCGGCACGUACCCCCUCCUUAACACGGUGGAGACCCUCACCGCAGCAGGCAUGCUCAUCUCCAAGGUCAAAGGGUUCCAGUAUAACAAGAGCAAUGAGGGUGAGAGGAAAGACUUUGAGAAAUCCAUUGAGGCGAUUGCAGUGGCCUUUAGCUGUAGUGUGUCAGAGCUUCUGAUGGGAGAGGUGGACAGCAGUACCCUCCUGUCCCUACUGCCCUCUGAGAAGAGCAGGUCCAUGGAGAACCUGCAUGGCGCCGGGCUGGGCCAGGGACGGGACACGACCUUGAGGAAGGGGGACCUGCCACACGGGGUUGUGAACGCCGAAGAGGUGGACAUCAUCCUACAGCGCAGCGAGGGGGGAGUGGACUCCGCGCUCACCUACGCCAAGUCUGUCUCCAAAUACAUGAAGGAUGUGAUUGGCUACAUAGAAAAAAGGAUUGCAGUAGAGAUGGAGUUUGCCAGAUCUCUGCAGAAGCUCUAUCAGUCUUGUAAACCAGGGUUUGAACAGCCACACAUGCCCUUCCUGUCAAUCUACACCAUGGCUUUAGAGCAGGACUUGGAGCAGAGCACGGGGGUGCUGCAGUCCACCAGCACCCUGCAUAGUCAGGCCAUCCUGCAGCCGUUGAUGCAGCGCAAGCUGGAGCACGAGAAGAAGCGCAAAGAGAUCAAGGAGCAGUGGCAGAGGGCCAGGAGGAAGCUGGCGGAGGCUGAAACAAACCUGCGUAAAGCCAAGCAAGCCUACAUGGCACGCUGCGAGGAGUACGACAAGGCCAGGAUGGCAGCCAGCCGAGCAGAGGAUGACGGAGGAAGCUCUGGCGCCAAGUCACUGGACAAAAAGAGGCGCAAUGAGGAGGAGGCCCGCAAUAAGGCCGAGGAGGCAGAAGCUACAUACCGCACCUGCAUCGCCGAUGCCACCACACAGCACCAGGAGCUGGAAGACACCAAGGUCACCGUACUGCGGCAGAUCCAGGAGCUUGUCAAGCAGAGUGAUUGUACCCUUCGAUCGGCUACCGUCUCUUACUGCCAAGUGAUGCACAUGCAGACGGUCGCACUGCCCGUGCACUACCAAUCCCUGUGUGAGAGCAGCAAGCUCUAUGACCUGGGCCAACAGUACGCCACCUAUGUCAAAGACCUCCCAGUGGUGGAGGAGCCUGAGGUCCAUUAUGAAUUUGAGCCCUACACUGCAUCUCCCACCCAACUGACUCCCAAGCUCUUCAACGACGCCUUAAAUACAGAGCAGCAGAACAAUGCUGAAGCAGUACCCAGCCCUCAGGGUGUGGGCAGCAGAGAUGACAUUUCCAGUUCCAAGGGUAAACAGAGGCACGGGCGAGGCCAUCAGUCACACAAAUCAUGGCCCACAGUGGUGGGUGAUGCAGACAGUGUGUGUGAAACCAGCAGUCCAGGAUCCCCCACUACCAGCACAGGAGACAGAGAGAAAAUGGCCAGGACCCUCUCCAGCGGGACCAUGUCCUCCACCGAGGACCUGGAUGAAAAAGACGGCAGCAUCAUGUGCUUUGAUCAAAGUCUGAAUGGAAUUGAGCCUGAAGCGACGGUGCCCACAGGGCCAUUCCGCAAUGUGGGACUGUCCAGGGCUGCGCAGACACACCGACUGCGCAAACUGCGCACGCCGGCCAAGUGCCGCGAAUGCGACAGCUACGUCUACUUCCAGGGGGCGGAGUGUGAGGAGUGUUUCCUGGCUUGUCAUAAGAAGUGUCUGGAGACGCUGGCCAUUCAGUGUGGACACAAAAAGCUGCAGGGCCGCCUCCAGCUCUUUGGUAGAGACUUCUCCGUGGCGCCAUGCAGCAGCACAGAGGGGAUCCCCUUUAUCAUCAAAAAGUGCAUCAUGGAGAUCGAAAAGAGGGCCCUGAAGAUGAAGGGCAUUUACAGGGUGAAUGGAGUGAAGACCCGGGUGGAGAAACUAUGCCAGGCCUUUGAGAACGGUAAGGAGUUGGUGGAGCUCUCACAGGCGUCGCCACACGACAUCAGCAACGUGCUCAAGCUCUAUCUCAGACAGCUGCCUGAGCCGAUCAUGCCCUUCCGGCUUUACAGCAGCCUCAUGGGCUUGGCCAAGGAGAGCAUCCAUGGGGAUGUAUCUGAAGGAGGAGAGGCUCUGUCUCGGGGCCCCAUACUAGAAGACCUGGGCCCCGAGACAGAGCCUCUAGUCUUGGUGCUGGUGGACAAGCUGGGAGAGCUGGUGAAGGAUCUACCACCAGCUAACGUGGCCACUCUGGGCUAUAUUGUACAGCACCUGCGCAGGGUGGCAGAGAUGGAGCAACACAACAAGAUGAGCCCCAGUAACCUGGGGAUCGUGUUCGGCCCCACUCUGAUGCGACCCCGGCCCAGUGGGGCCACCGUGUCGCUCUCCUCCCUGGUGGACUAUCCGCAUCAGGCCCGCAUUGUGGAGGCCUUCGUCGUCUUCUACGACAGCAUUUUCCCCGCCCGCUGCAGCCCCUCUCAGCAGGCUUCCUCUCCUCAGGGACACAGUCAGGAGUGCGCUGCCAGAGGAGUUAAAGAGAGCACGAGCGCUGCAGCUGGCCCAGAGGCGACCGUCUCCGGCAACUCUUUAAGCUCCUCCCUCGAGCAGUCUUUGGACUCUGAUUCUGAGCUGGAACAAGUGGCAGAUGGAAGCCAGCAUACGGCUAGUGGAGAAGAGGACCAGGAGAGUCCCACCGCAGGAGGAGACCCCUUGGACCCGUGCGCUCAGGAACAGAUGCUCUCCCAUGUUGUACAGGACAGCAGUGGACUUUAAGGGAAAGGUGACGCGGAGCAGAACUCCUUUGGUGAAGAGCCGAGGCCUUCGCUCAGGUCACUUGACCACGUUUGUACAGAGGACCUUGCUCGCUAGCAGCUCUUAGUCUGCUCAUAUUUCAGUCAGUACACCUGCUAGAGCAUUGGAAAAUGAAACUGUCAUGCCAGUUUUGCAUCUCCAAGUUUAAAACUUCUUUUUAAACAUUAUGAGUUAAAAGCUCUCAGUGCCUUGGGAGUUAAGCCUUUACAAAUGGAAAUAAACAGGAAGUCAACCGAACUGAUGUGUAAUCAUUUUAAGUUCAGACCAGUCUUAGAAACAAAGAUGCAAGACUAUAAAAUACUUUCCUUAUGCAUUUUCCUCUGUGCUGCCAAAAAAAAAAAAAUUAGCACAUCUUUCAUCCUCCACUAUAUAUCGAAGGACUGUCUAAAAUCACAGACUGUAUGGAGCCAGUUUUCCUCAUUACAGGUGGUAGCAGCCUGUGCCAUUUUACAGUUAACAUUUCCUGUUCAAGUGCUGCACUUAGCAGCAGAAAUAAGUUCCCAACUCUCUCCAUAUCCUUCACUAACUGCUGCUACAGACCUUUCAUUCUUAGGCAUGUAACAGAAACCCUAAAGGGAUUCUUUUAAAGCCAGCAAAUGUACUUUCACAGCUAAUGCCACAUUAACCACAUUACAGGAGGACAAACAGGCACCAGUGAUUCAGCGUCACCUUGCCUUGACAUUCAACAGCACCAUGAGUGCAGGGCAGUGCUUCUAUGUAGUUGAACCCACAUUAUUUCCACACUGCUGCAAAUGUGCUUUUUCUGCAAUGUGUCUACUUCGGUUAUUUUUCCCCCAC